CUCCAGCCAAUCCGGUCAGAGCAGUGGAGCUGCCCCGAACAAAGAUGGCGGGGGAGGCGUCAGUGAGGGCAGACUGAUCCGAACACCCAAACGCUCGGCGGACAGCGGAGCCAGUGGUAGCGGCGCGGCUCCAACCAUGGAAGAGGGCAGCAGCGCUGGCAGCGCGGGCAGUGACAGCAGCACUAGCGGGAGUGGCGGGGCGCAGCAAAGGGAGCUGGAGCGCAUGGCUGAGGUCUUGGUCACUGGGGAACAGCUACGGCUCAGGCUGCAUGAAGAAAAGGUUAUUAAAGAUAGACGUCAUCACCUCAAGACCUACCCAAACUGUUUUGUCGCAAAAGAACUGAUUGACUGGCUGAUUGAACACAAAGAGGCUUCCGACAGAGAGACGGCAAUUAAACUCAUGCAGAAAUUAGCAGACCGGGGCAUUAUUCACCAUGUGUGUGAUGAGCAUAAGGAAUUCAAGGAUGUCAAACUCUUCUACCGCUUUAGAAAGGAUGACGGCACCUUCCCGUUGGAUAACGAAGUGAAGGCCUUUAUGAGAGGACAGAGGCUGUAUGAAAAGCUGAUGAGCCCUGAAAACACACUUCUCCAGCCCAGGGAGGAAGAAGGGGUCAAGUAUGAGCGUACCUUCAUGGCAUCUGAAUUCCUGGACUGGCUGGUUCAAGAAGGUGAGGCCACUACGAGGAAAGAGGCAGAGCAGCUUUGCCACCGGCUUAUGGACCAUGGCAUCAUCCAGCAUGUGUCCAACAAGCACCCAUUUGUGGACAGCAAUCUUCUCUACCAGUUCAGAAUGAACUUCCGGCGGAGGCGAAGACUGAUGGAGCUGCUCAGUGAAAAAUCCCCCUCCUCCCAGGAAACUCAUGACAGCCCCUUCUGCCUGAGGAAGCAGAGCCAUGACAAUCGGAAAUCUACCAGCUUUAUGUCAGUGAGCCCCAGCAAGGAGAUCAAGAUCGUGUCUGCAGUGAGGAGGAGCAGCAUGAGCAGCUGCGGCAGCAGCGGGUACUUCAGCAGCAGCCCCACCCUCAGCAGCAGCCCCCCUGUGCUCUGCAACCCCAAGUCUGUGCUGAAGAGACCCGUCACGUCUGAGGAACUCCUUACUCCCGGGGCUCCGUAUGCAAGGAAGACAUUCACGAUUGUUGGUGAUGCGGUUGGCUGGGGUUUUGUGGUGCGAGGAAGUAAGCCAUGCCACAUCCAGGCUGUCGACCCCAGUGGCCCUGCAGCCGCAGCAGGAAUGAAGGUCUGUCAGUUUGUCGUCUCUGUCAACGGGCUCAAUGUCCUGCACGUAGACUACCGGACUGUGAGCAAUCUGAUCCUGACCGGCCCACGGACAAUUGUCAUGGAAGUCAUGGAGGAGUUAGAGUGCUGAGUUCCUGGGCCUCCCAGCCCUCUAGCCAGAAUGACACAAAGCAAUGCAAUGAUGAGAUUUCCAUGCAAAUGGAUGGUUUCGGUCCUAUGAAUCUUCUCCACACAUACACAACUAAAGUUGAAUUUUAUACACUGAAUGUGGAAGAACCGGGUAACAUAUCUUUUUAAUAAGAUGUCAGUGUAGAAAACAUUUGGGAAACAGAGUUUUCCUACAUGGUAGAACUGCCUUACUAGAUUUCUAUUUGUAGGUCUCGUUCGUUGUUUUUUAUCUUAGUUUGCAGAAAAGCGUUGAAAUGCUUCUCUAGUCCAAACAGCAAUAUGCUAAAGUCUCCUUCUUCAGAGUCAAGAGAGUAGUCGUUAAGGGUUUUUAAUUGUACUUUCUCCAAAAUUAGCAUGGAUCUUUUUAAUAGGGAAUCUAGAUUUCACCAAGAUUAAAAUUGAAGCAACAUCCAAAGGAAUAAGACCUGUUCACUAGCUUUUUCAAGGGGGUUCUAAAGCAUUCGAGUGCUUAAAAGCCAUAAAAAAUGACAUCUUAAUUCCUGCCUUUAGUGUCAACUUUUAAGUUAGUACAGGUUUCAACUGCGGCAUUAGCUAAAACAAAAACAAAAAAAACAACAAAAAAC